AGAGAUGGUAAAGUCAAAUCAAUGUUUGUCAGUUUGUACUGUCAUAUGCCCAAAAAACAGUUUAUACAAUAUGAUGAAACAUGCUUGAGCAACAUUAUUUCAAGUAGGACGUGUAAGAAUGGACAAUAGUUGUUGAAUGUGAUAGUUGAACUUUAAACUAGUGAGUGAUAAAGAGUAUAAGUCAUGUUGGCACGUACGCCUUGCAAACUGGCUGGUAAAAUAAUACAUGAUUCAAAGUGAGGAUUAGGCUUGAAACGAGUAAACGAAUGGAAUACUAUGAAUAUACUCUCGUACUUCUCUCUGAAGGUGAUCUACGCGCGGAGGAAGUACUCGGUUUCGCCGCCCGCCAUUACUGGACCGCCGGAGUUCGACCGGAUCUUUCGAGCCCAAGCGAACUGUUCAGAGUAUUUCCCCAUUUUCAUCUUCUCACUUUGGGUGGCUGGAGUUUUCUUCAGUCAAGCAUUGGCAGUGUUCUUCGGGAUCCUGUAUCUUUACGGCCGGUAUCUGUACUUCCACGGCUAUGCGGAGUCCGCUCAGGGCAGGCUGGAGCCGCUGUACUUCAGUGCUAAGAUGCUGUGGGCUCUGAUCGCUCUGUCCGGGCUGGGCGUCGUCUGCACCAUCACACAGGCCUAUCUGGGACUGGACCUGCUGUACUCCUUCACUCAUGUGCUGGGCCUGACCGAACACACAUGAGAAACAAGCAGGAGAUCAGUUUCCUUCAGGACUUCCACACCGUCAGAAUUAGUUUAUACAUCAUUACAUUUAUGUAUCAAAUAUAGGAUGUUAAUUAGAGGACAUUCUUUUUGUAUCCUAAAUAUAAUUUAACUUUUUUUUUUUUUUUUUUUUUGUAUAAUUUUACAAAAAUUACAGUCUGAACAGAAAUGACGCACAAUAAAAAUAUUCUGAUUCCAAGUGA